AACAGCAUCUUUGAAACAAAUAACUUACAGAAUGGACUACGAGGGACAAAGGCUUUCCGAGCUCAUUUUUUACUGGCUUAUUAUUGGAUUUGGGGGAGUCGGAUGGUGAGGAGCAGAAUGCAAAAGUGAUUGAUGACAACGACAAUAAACAAGUUUUCCGGUUUGCAGGCUAGAUUGCUCAUGACGUUGAAGAUUGUCAUAUGCGACCCCAUCUAAUUCGAUUCCAUUGCUUCUUCCGUUUUUUUUACAUAAGGGUGAUUGGUUACUUCCGACAAGAAUUCUUUAUCGUUUUCAAGUUUUGGCUUGUUGGUGUCGUACUGUCGACGGUGGUACGUUUAUCAUAUAGGUUUUGAUUGCCGGAUUCGAGUUGUACCGUAGUCAACGGAGAAGAUUGACGAAACGAAAAAACAGCAGAGUCCGUGGCAUGUGUCCAUACAAAAAAACGCGUCAUCCUCCUUGUUCGAUAGAACGGCAUGUUAUCCUCUGAGAUACCAUCACAUCCGUUUCGAUUCGAUUCGAUUCAUUUGCAUUCCCGUAUUUUCUAACCCAUUCGUUUUCUCUGAAUCUUACCGCUUUCUGUUUUGGGUGGGUAUUGUUGGUUUCGUGAUGAAUAUUCAACAAUGAAAAAACUAUUUGAAUUCAGUUGUGCGUCCCGGAUUGGCCCUUUUAUAAUAGGCAUCCUAUCAAAUGGUUAGAUUCCGUACCAGACCGGAGAGGAGACAGCUCCACAAAUGACAACGACGGAAAGAAAAAGUAGAAAACUUGUCGACGCCAUCGCGCUAUUGGAGUCUGAUGUAUUGACGAAAAUUGUUAGAGCUAUAUAUCGAGUGAAUUACCAUUUCACAAUUG